GAGAGAGAGAGAGAGAGAGAGAGGGUGGACGAGCGGGUGGGUGCUGUGAAAUCUGUUAACAGGGGGCUCUGUGCAUUUGUUAGACGUCUUGGCUGCGUGCCCAACUCGGCUCAUUGUAAUCGAGGCAUGAUCGUGGACUCCGGGCAGUCCUCUCUGCCGCCUCGGCUGCCUUGCGCCUGGACUCAGCCCAGCUCCCACCGCUGACAUGGAGAGACCCGUGGCAGGAAUGCUGGGUAGGAAGGAAGCCUUGGCAGCUUUCUCUCUGCGGGGCCCCCCUCCUCCCCCUUUUGCCUGCCUGUCCGGGCAUGGGGUGCCGUCCACUGGCAGAUCCACAGCGUCUCUGUGUGUUUUGUGAUAUUGUGUGUGUGUGUGUGUGUGUGUGUGUGUGUGUCUGUGUGUGUGCGUGUGUGUGUGUGUGUACGUACGUUACGUUACCCCUGCUGCUGCUGCACAAUCAAAGAACUGGGCGGCUGCUGAACCCAGAGAGACUCCCAGUGACAUGCUGCCCAAGAGGGAUCCUGGGAGGGACUCGGAGCUGGACAAGAGGAUCGAGGCUCUCCGCAGGAAGAAUGAAGUGCUCAUGAAGAGGUACAAGGAGGUGGAGGAGGACAAGAAGAGGGCAGAGGAGGAAGGAAUGGCACUGCAGAGCCGCAAGGGCAAAGCUGAUGAUCUUACCAUCACAAUCAGCAAGUCCACCAGUCAGGACAGUCGCGUGGUGGUGACCAAGCCGUUCAGCGAUGGUUCACCGGCUGGGAAAGGGCAGCAGGAGGCGGGGCCUGACAGGGGGGAAGAGGGCCCUUCGCAGGCCGCUGGUCGGGGCCUCAGGAAGCAGCUAACGGUCACCAUGGCAGGCAAGAAGGGCAAGAGGGUGGUGAGUGAGAGGCUUGAGAAGAGGCUGGGCCCCGCGGACGUCAAGAGCCCCGCAGACGAUGGACAUGCGAGGCGCGCGGAGUCGGCUGGGAGGGGGAAACAGCCACCUCACACGCCCAAGAGAAACACCGCAGUAGAGGAUGAGGGGCAGAAGCACGACGGGGAGCACCACAGACUUUUGGAGCAAUGCAAGGAGCCCGAGAGCCUGCAUGGCAGCACAGACCUCGACAUCCCCACGUUGAAAGAAGAGCAGGAGGAGUAUGUGAGGUGGAAGAGAGAGCGCGAGCAGAUUGACAAGGAGAGAGUGGCGCGCCAUAAAAACUCGAAGGGCCAGUGGAGGAGGGCAUGGGAUGUGGACAAAACUGAGAACAUGUUUCCAGACAAAUCCCUGCCUGAUAGAGACUGGGGGCCUUGUAGCAGAGGUGGAAGAAAUGCUAGAAGAGGACAACCCAGGGGAAAUAUGGACCAGCGAGGUCAUGAGAAACGAGGAAAAGACAAGGGAAAUAAGAAUGUGCUUGUGAUGAGCAGCAAAGCUAAAGGAAAAGAUCGUUUGACUGGGAGGGCCAGGAGAUGGCACACAGAUGAAGAAGGAGAGAACCUAGAGAUCUCUGCCACGACAUUGGAGGAAUACUUGGAGGAACUUGAUGUCCUCACAGAUGAUGUCGACGUAGAAGAUCCGACAGUUGAGGACACGAAAACGAAGCUGUCGCCCAGCCCGGACCUGCCGGGUGCGUCUGAGGAAGUGAGUGGGUCCACAGCUCCUGUGUCAGCUGGAACCGCAGGAGAGGACGCCGUCACUCAGGGGCGAGCAGAGGCCUCGCCCCCUCGGAGCUCGGAGAAGAAAGUACGGUUCUCAGAGGAGCUCAUCCGCGGAGCUCACACGGGGCAAACCACAGGAUCUCAGGACUUUGCCAGCUCAGAAUCAAGAAGUCCGGGAUCCUCGCCUGAAACGCACAAACAGGAAGUCCGAGGGCCACAGCAGCUGGAUGGGGGCAGUCCUCGGGACCAGGGAGGUGGGCCGUCUGCUUCUCCCGUAGCCCAACAGCAGACUUCUGACACUGAAUGUACUGAACAAGGAAGCAAUCCCCCCACAGCUCCCAACAACCCCCCUGCUGAAAAAGCCAGUGCCUCUCCACGUGCCGCCUCUGUCCAGCCUGUAGAGCUUGCAAAGUGCAAUAUCAGCAACACGAACGCAGAGGAGCUAAUAGACUCCGGACUGUCUGUCCUGAGCCUGGAGUCGGGGGAAACACACCCGACGCACUGCACCAGCAGUGACAAGGCACGAGAGCACGGGAAGAUUGUGUGAGCGACAUUUUCAGGGCGGAAACGCUGAAACCAAAACGCGGCGACACAGAGCCGAGGCCUCUUUGCGUUCGGAUGCUUCAUCUUGCUUCAGGUUGCUCUCUUGAGAUACCGAGUGUACGGCUUACACGCGAAAAAAACCCCCGUGGUUUCACUUCUUAGCUGUGGCAUGUGCCCACCCACUGAAGUUUUCAAAUAUCAAACAUUUGACAUAGGAAUGGUGAACCUUUUCCCUGCUCAAUUAUUCUUAGAUCCAAGCACUUUAUGGAUAUAUAAAGUAUGUGCACUGACACGUUACACAGUUUGUUAGUAUGCUGCUCGAGUGCAAUAUCACUGAAUGUUUACAUGUGUAUCAACAUUUCAAGGUACAUAUCAGGAGGCUAGUAGGCCUUGGCAAAGAAACUACAGCCACAGACACGUCAUCUUGUGCCUGAUUCUGCCUUCGAGGUAUUUUCAUUAAUGGAAUAAUAAAAUCUGCAUCACAGUAUGUGAUGAUACAGUAGAAUCGGCACCUACAGAGUAGAGUCUGUAUUUCUACACUCAAAUCUGCGUUAGAAAGAAAUGAUUUGUUUCCAGCAUGAGUCCGUGUCCUUACCUGAAUUGGAAAUCAAUUUAUUAUUGAAGGCCACAUUUGAGACUUGUUGUCUUAGUGGACACUGACAGAGAUACUGUUAAGUUUUCCAAAACAUUAACACAUGGCAUAAAUGUGUUUGCUAUUAGGAACAUUUUUAUGCAUGAAGUCUCUACACUGAUUUUACUACCAUGUGCGUCAUGGUUAGUGCGACACAGCCUGGGACAAGAGACCCAUCAUGUCUAAGAGACUAAUCCAGAUGAUGUCAUGCUCAUUUCGCUGAGUUUUUCCCAGUUAUGAAAACCCAAAAUGUAUUCAAAAAAGCCAGUGUUACAAACUGGGGGAGGUGUCUAGCUGGCUGAUAUGAGCAGACAAAAAUAAAUGCUCUAAAAUUGCAUUUUUGGGAAUUACAGUAUCCAGUGUUAAUGGAACUUGCCCCAUACUAAGCACAAAGUCAAGACGCCUUGGCCUCUGUUAGAGUUAGACUAUUCUCUAUGUGACCUUCGUAGAAGUGCAGGUGUAAAUCACUGGUGCAUACUGUUAAGGUAAUGGUCAGCUUCCCACUGUAGGACUUGAUUCUCGAUUUACAACUCAAACAAUGGUUUAAGCCCUGAAUUGUUUUUUGUUUUUUGAGUCUGCUCUCCCUCAGACUCUUAUUUAAUGUUUUUCUUACACUUCAUGAAAUUGCAAUUUAACGUCAAAUUUUGCCAACGUAGACAGUGGUCAGGAGAGAAAAUAGUCAUGGUUGUGAAUCAAAAAACAAUUCAGGGCUUAAACCAUUGUUUGAGUAAUGGUUUGCUCGUGUUGUUCUCAAACAGCCAGUGUGAAGAGUCUCGGAGCAGAAGGGCGGAACAGUGUCCAAUCUUCUCUCCCUGUUCAGGCCUUUUGUUUCUUUUUUCACCCCUGUGGGACAGACAGGCUUGUUCCGCCGAAGAUACAUUAUCCGGGUCCCCGAGGAUUCAGCCUUUAGUCCGUAGACAAAACACUGGGAUUUCAGCGGCAAUUCCCUCCUGACACUGUGGUGUCGUUUCUUCUCUUUUAUAAUCACAAAAAAAACAAAAACACAGCUGACACUUUUAAAAAGGGGUUCAGUCUGAUGUCGUGCCUUGCAUAUUGGCUUCUUCAAUACCGAGGCUGUACCUUUAUUUCAUGUGAUUUUAUUGAUUAUUUUUAUUGAUUUUAUUUAUUUGCCUCCCCAUUGGACAACAGAAUGUUACCUAGAGUGAUUUUUCCGCAAAUCUGACACGGUUUUAGAACGAUGUCUAUGUGCAUUAUAGUGGCCCGUUUUCUAUCCUCUGUGACGCGUAUGGAUCUGUUUUUAUUUAUUGCCAGCCUACUGUUGUGUUUUUUAGUAUCGGCGAAAACUAUGAUGAGAAGCCUCGCAAGAACUCUGUCCUCGGAGGAGGACUUGGCUUUUUUCGCUACAGUUUAGUAAACGGUUGUGUAACGGAAGUAGACGACAUAGGGCUCUGCGGCUCAGAGCAUGUUCACUGUCAGCCUCAACAUGAGGCUGCAUCAAACACAAACCAUCGAGAAUCUAGUAGAAGCACACGGGGAAAAAGAGAGAGGCAGGUUACAAUGUUCAGGGCCAGUCCAGCCUUGAGUAGGGGCCUUAUUCUGUAUCAUAUGUGGAAACUUUACUGAGUGGUAAAAUAAACAUGUCAUUAAAAAGCAAGUCGUGUAGAUCACCUCUGAAACACUAUGAAAUUCCUUGCGAGAUUCCGUUUAGUGAAAGGGAUUUUCAGGACCUACAUCCAUAGAGCGGUUUGUCCUUGCACUUGUCCAUUUAGUUUCCAGACAUCUGCCUUAUCAGCUCACUGAAGUGACGAAAUGUAGGAGGUGUUUGAGACUUGUCCUCUGUGUUUCCACACGCACACACACACACACUCAUGAGGAAGGAAUGAAUGUACAGUAUGUGUGUGCCUUUGUAUGAAUGUCUGUGACCCCCAGCCUUUUACUGUCCAGAGGCCUCAUGCUUAGCUUCAUCGACUGCAGAACAAUUUGGAAGGAAGGAGGCAUACAGAUCUUCAAUAAAGUUUUUCUGUAUUUAAAGUUC